CCCGAUUUGAAAGUUACAAUUAUUUAGAAAAGUGUGGCCUAAAGACGAUAACAAAAAAUGUUACUGCGUCGAAGAUUGAACACUCUAAAUCUAAUUGUACCGAUAUGCAAAAUCUUCAUUAGCUCGAGCUUAAUGCUAUUCAGCUUUUGCCUUGCCCUUCUAAAUCUUCUUUCUUUUCGCUUUUUGGUAAAUUGAUCUCCCACCAUUUUCACAACAAAGACUUCUCUCUCUCACAGUAAAAGAGAUCAAUUUCUUCAUCUUCUUCUUUGUGGACGAAGGUACUUAUUUUUUAAUUUUGAAUAGCCUUGGUUCAUAGUGAUUCUCAGCUGGUUUGGUAUUAAAAACCAACUUUUUUCAAACAUAAAUACGAAAACUUGAUUGCUGCUUUUGGUUCAAAUCCAAAUCUUAAACUCAAUUAUUGUGUUCUGAAUUGUAUUGCCCCUUUUUCGAUUUCUUUAAUUAUUGUGUACGAAAACAGAACACAAUUGGGCUUUUUGUACAUUUGAUUUGGAAGAUGUAGUGCUCAUUUCAAACCUAAAAAUGCAAACUUGAUUGCUGUGUUUUGUUCCUCUCCUCAUAAAUUUAUAAUUUUUUUAAAUAAUUUAAUAGAUGUUAUGUUAUGUAAUGUAAUGUCAUGUAAGAAAGAAUAUGUAUUGUUUUGUAUUGUACACACAUAUAUAAGAUGAUCUUGAUCAGGAGGAGGAGUCAGGACCUGAAUUUUCAUCUCCCUCUCCUCUUUCUAUAUCUCAAAACCUUAUUACAGCUUGCCCUAUAUCUUUUCUCUUCUGGGCUUUGUUUGGACAAUAAAGAUCAGAAUCCCAGAAGCAAUGGUUGAGUCUUCAAUAUCAUCCUCCUCAUCAUCAUACACCUACUUGACUGAUUGCAAAUCCUCAUUUCAGAUUCACAACAUUCUCCCACCUUCAUCCAAUCCCCUCACUCUUACUCUCAACCAUUUUCUUCUUCUUCUUCUUCUUCUUCUUUUCUCCCCAUUCAUUGCAUUCUUUUUCGUCAAUCUGAAAUUGGGCACUCCAAGUCCAAUAUUCAUUCUUCCAUGGAGCUUGCUUCUUCUUCUAAAGUUGUUGCUUGGGAAUCCCAUCCACAAAGAGUCUGUAAUUCUCAUGCCUGCUUUUGGAGUUCAGAUUGAAACUCACUAUACCAGAGGAAGAGUGAGUCGUCGGUUUAUUGCUGUAGACAAGAUUUUGAAGCCAGUUCUGUUGGAAUGUGUGACUCCAGCUACAUGUUACUGGAACCUCUCUUUGAUUGUUCAAGGAGAACAACAACUCAUUUCUGUUUUCAAGGUAUUGAGGCCACCGGCGAAGAUGCUUGUUCCCAUAUGGAAGGCCUUGUGUGCUGUCACAACCGACAAUGACAAGGAAGAAGAGAGCUCGAAAGAAAAUUGCAGAGGAUGAAGCUAUGUUUAACCACUAACACACCUUGUGUGUGGUGUUGUUAACCCAACUAAAGACACUUGAGUUGAGAUUACACUCUUCAUUUUUGUAAAAAUCUUUGUAAAUACAUUUAUGGGUACUAAACAAAUUUAAACCUUUCAUUUACAAGCAUUGCAACUCCCUGUCUUUUGAUGAGUUUUAAACUGAAGAUGUAACAUGUAGUAGCAUAACUUUCUGAAAAGAGAUUUAUUAAGUGAAAAAGUACAUCAUCAAAUGUGAAA